AUGACAAAUCCAGGUCCUCCAGCGGGUCCCUCAGGGGAAUCAUCGGCGCAGCCUAUUCUAUACUACAGCGUGAGUGGAAAAACUCGACCUGGAGUUGAAUCAAACUCUACCAAACAUCUUCCAAGCACUCUGCACCGAGAACCGAGGGGUCAGGGGGGUGAAAGAUACCACAAAAUAUCCUCUCGAAAGCCUUCAGAUAGGGCUACAGCAUCCGAUAGGUUACUUUCUAGGCGAGUGCAAAAACGGCCAAAAAGGGGUUUCCAGAAGCCUAUGCUUGGCCGUCCCGCGGCUACUCAGAAGUCUCAAGAUCGGAAACAACCUCAAAGCUUGAUUGGCGGCCUUUCUGGUACUCCAGCAGUCUUCAAUAAGGCGGAAACCUUCCCAUGGGGUUCAAUAAAGUUCACCUAUCCCGAUGGGAGUGUCGUCGAUACCAGCCCGCCAAAAGAGAAAAUUGGUAUUUCAUCCGUUACCAACAUUCCGCUUGAAGUUAUCACGAUAGAUGAGUUUAGGGUAGUCGCAGUGCUUACGAGUAACAUCAAAAAACUCUUCCCCCACGAAAAUGAUGGAUAUUGGUCCAGUAUCGCUACCGGGUUUCAGCUCCUCGAGCAAAAAGUGGACCGAGCUACAAAAGAAAUACAAGGCAACAUCGAAUAUUACGACCUUCAACUGAAUCUUGUUCUAGGAAUAUAUCCAACCCUGAUAAAAUCAAUAUCCGGAUACUGGCAGCUUUAUCUGAGCCCUGAUAAGCAAAAGUCAAGCAUGGGAGAAUUCGCUGCGCUUCAGACGAAGAUUUGGUGCCUAACCUACUACGCCAAAAGCCUAUCGGAUCUUCGACGCCAAUUUCUAGAGAGGUCCGACUAUUUCAGAAGAUUGAAUUUUCUUGUGACAAGAAACCGCCUUCCUUGGGACGCAAAAUCAAUAGCAAGUCUUGCCAGGGUGUCUAAUGUUUCUUAUCACAUCGCACGGGGACUUGGUUACCUUGUUGAUGAAAUCUCGAAACUAAAGCUGUCAAUGACAGAAAGGGAGCUUCUGCCUUCAGAAGGCGAGCGAAAGGUUCUGUCCGUCAAGUGUGCACCUGUUCGAGAUUCUAACGGCCGCGAAGAUGUGGUUGCAGGGAGCCAAAAAGGAUUCCUUCUCUCCCAAACUGGUAUACAUUGUAGCAUACCAUUCGAGUUCCGCGAAAAGAUUCCAUUAGAUGAUCAACCUCAUUCUAAACUCGGGCUCUCAAAGAAAGACCUUCAAACCUAUCAUAGUAAAAAUGUUCCAGCCCAGAUUCUGAAACGGUUGGAAAAUUUAAGAUAUUACAUUGAGCGUGCAGACUGUGCUCGAGGGGACCAAGAUGGCUCGCUUCAUUCAUGUAAUCUAAAAUAUCAGUACGGUUGUCUAUGUUUCGGGUCUACCAAAUCGCGACAGGGCUACGAAAAUCCUAAGCUCCAGGUUCAGGCUUCGACUCAGGAGAUAUCCAUGGAAGAAAAUCAGUUGGAAGUACACAUUAAUGGCAGAUUCGACGCUUUUCAUCAAGACGAACACUUUUUGGGAGCAGGUUCGGCUGAUAUCGAUGCCAUCUGCCAGUGGUACGCCAUAAGUAUCGAUGAAAAGACUUCCCAGGCCCAAGGCAAUGGCUUCAAAGAGCUCCAUAGCUUAUCAAAUGAGAGUCCAUAUUCACCGCAAGUUACCAAAGUUCCUCUAGAGCUACCAAGCUCUUCGCAGAAACACAAGAUGAAGAGGGAUAUUGGCACCCCGUCUUUUGUAAACUCUUCGACUACAACUACCAGCCUUAAAGCCCCUCCAGUAGCAGGACCAACCAUUGCGAUCGCUAAUACCUCUAGAAAUAAAACAAAUUCGCCCCCUUCUCCACUUGAAGCUGCAAACAAUUCUUCUGCGCUCGAGCCUAGAGUAGGUGGUUUACCCUCAGGGGGCGGCCUUGUCGUAACUGAAGUAUAUGUUAGAUGCUCGAGUAUAGAUUCGAUUAUUUCUUACUCCACACCUGAUUUUUAUAGUCAGUUGGGGAUAUCGGGGUUCCCGGAUUGGCAAUCAGAAGUUCGGGUGAGUAGCCGAGAAGAAGUUACCGAAUUCCUGCGAAAGAAAAUCGACGAUUGCGGGGCAUGUGAAUGUAAAACGGAAGAGGAUUCUGGAAUAGCAGGAUCCUGGCGCAUUGCCCCCAAUAGGCGCAAUGCUGCCUUCGCGCACGUCACUGACCGGCCGGAGGAAUGUGCUUCCGAAGCGGCUGUAAAUUGGUGCGAACACGUGCUAGGGUGCUAUUGUAUGGAAGUUGCGGAUUCGGGCGACAGACACAGCGCAGCAAAUAGAUAUCUCCUCCAUAGGCUUGGGCCAGGACGUUAUCUGAGAGGGACGAGAGAUCAUGUAGGAUUAAGUCUGACAACCCUACACGGUCUCAGCGGCUUUUUUGAGGAGAGAUUGAAUCGGUUGCCAACUGUAGAUCCAGACCGCCCACCCCCCCUCCCUCCGCGACCAGUUCCGAAUCCCAUUCCACCUCCUCUUCCACCGAGACCUAAUGUCGCGCAAACCUUCGAAAUUGUGGAUCCCCAGCAGCCCGAAGAAGCACCGAUCGUCCUAGAAGGUCCAGAGCCUCCAGAAUACCAUAAUGAGAUGCUUCCUGGAUAUGCCGCACAGGAUCCUGGAGCUGUUCUAGCUGAUGGGGCAGCCCCACCUGGCUAUGUCUUCCAGGAUCCUGAGGCAGAAACGAGAAGAAGGCGCUCCCGUAUGUGGAAUGGCUUUCUGGCUGGCGCUGGAGCCCUUGGAGACCGAUUUUUCGGGGGUAGGGCGAGGGGGAGGCUCCGUGGAGGGCGAGGGGGAGGCAGUGGUCCAAUAAAUUUGGGCCGAAGAGAUGUUAAGACCGAUGUUCCCGAGAGAGGUAAGAAAAUCUCCAUUACUUUGCCAUUGUGA